AUGCCGCCAAAUCCAAGAGUUGCCAAAGCCUUUCGUGCUAUGAAGGCUAUUGGGAUCUCCGAAGAUAAGGUGAAGCCAGCAUUGAAAAAUCUACUAAAGUUGUUCGAUAAAAAUUGGGAGCUUAUUGAAGAGGAAAAUUAUAGAUCCCUUGCUGAUGCUAUAUUUGAGAGGGAGGAAGCUGAGGCAAUAGAGCAGUCAAAGAAGAUCGUGAACAAUGAAGAGGAUUAUUUGGAGGAAGAAGCUCAGGUGAAUGAGGAGCCUGAACGACCCUUAAAAAGGUUGCGACUAAGAAAUCGAGAAGUUGAAGUGUCACCUUCCUUAAAUAAUACUACCUCGCCUGGAACUUCACUUGUCAUACCUAAAGAACAGGAUGAACUUCUUGAAACGGGUGUACAGAGUCAGAAUCAGUCACAAGACAAAGCAGAUUCACCUCGGCCCAAUACUGGAAAAUUGAGGGCUGAGUCACCGGAGAGGUGUGAUCCCUCUCGGCCUAGUGCUGUCAAUAAAAGUCAGCAAAAAACCCCUUUGAGAACAGAAUCCAAUUCAGUUUCUCAUCCAAUGCGCCUCAGAGAUAGAGGGAAGGGAUCUCUCUCAACUCAAAUUCCUUCUGGGGAGAAGAGGUCAUCUCUUGCUGGAUGCCAUAAAGAGCCAAACCUUGAGCCCAGCAUUGCCGUGUUGCCCAAACAGAAGACCACUACCAGUCAUGUUUUAGUUAAAGAAGAGCCGGUCACCUAUGAUGUGUCCCAGCUUGAGGUUCCUUCUGCAGUCUCCCAGCCAGAUCCAUCAAGUAAAGGAGAGUCAUCAAGUAGAAAUGGUUCAAUCAGAGAAAAUAAUGGUCCUGAUCUGUUGGCAUUGCAGUCUAUGGGUGAAAAAGGCACAGCUCAUGUGGUUUCCAUUUCAAAUGAAAUGAGAAACAAUGGCGGGCCGGCAAUUGUUUCAGAUGCUUUAGGUGCUAAAGGCGUGCACUUUCGUUCUUUGGAUGGAUCGACCAGUUCUGAGAUUGAUGAGGAGGUAGCUCUGCCCCAAGAACCACAAUUGCCUCCUCCUUGUGAUAGCGUGGAUGACGGUAUACAGCUUAACAAGAGGGCCAGUGAAAAAUUCUGUGAAACAGAUGAGGAAAACAAAGAGAAUGAUCUUGAAGACACAAACUUCCAGCAUGUUGAAAGGAUAAGGUCGCUCCAUGACGUUGUUGAUAUAGCCAAGGGACAAGAAAGAGUAGUAAUUACCCUGGCGAAUGAAGUUAAUCACAAGUCUCCGCCAUCUUUCUUCUACAUACCCAAAAAUGCUGUUUUCCAAAAUGCAUAUGUAAAUUUUUCUCUAGCUCGUAUAGGAGAUAAUAGUUGUUGUUCAACCUGUUCUGGUGAUUGUCUAUCAUUAUCCAUGCCUUGUGCAUGUUCACAUGAAACUGGCGGUGAGUUUGCAUACACAACUGAUGGACUCAUUAAGGAGGAAUUCCUUAAAGAGUGUAUUUCAAUGAAUCGCGAUCCUGAAAAACACUGCCAGUACUUUUGUAAGGAAUGCCCACUGGAAAGGUCAAAAAAUGAAGAUGUCGUUGGAUCUUGCAAGGGUCAUUUGGUGAGGAGGUUCAUCAAAGAAUGUUGGUUGAAAUGUGGGUGUAAUAUACAGUGUGGCAAUCGAGUGGUACAAAGGGGAAUAAGUCGCAAGUUACAGGUGUUUAUGACCCCUGGUGGAAAGGGGUGGGGUUUACGUACCCUGGAGGACCUGCCAAAAGGUGCCUUUGUCUGCGAAUAUGUUGGAGAAGUUUUAACAAAUGCAGAGCUAUAUGAUCGUGUACGGAGCUCCAAAGGGGAAGAACAUUCAUAUCCUGUGCUUCUUGAUGCUGAUUGGGGUUCGGAAGUCGUGCUAAAGGAUGAAGAUGCUCUUUGUUUAGAUGCUACAUAUUAUGGUAACGUAGCAAGGUUUAUCAAUCAUAGGUGUUUUGAUUCAAACAUGGUGGAGAUACCCGUGGAAGUGGAGACACCUGAUCACCACUAUUACCAUCUUGCCUUCUUCACUACAAGAAAGGUAAAAGCCAUGGAAGAACUCACUUGGGAUUAUGGUAUUGAUUUUGACGACCAUGAUCAUCCUGUCAAGGCAUUUCGCUGUCAAUGUGGCAGCCGGUUCUGCCGCAGCGUAAAGCGUCCAAGUAGAUCCAGAUCUUUGAGGAGAUGA